AUGGUACUCCAGGCCAUCAAAUACAGCCGCGGAAAGCUUGAAAUCCUCGACCAGCUCCGUCUACCCCACGAGGAGGUCUUUAUAGACAUACGAACAGUGCAAGAUGCAUGGGAUGCCAUCCAUUCUAUGCAGGUCCGAGGAGCUCCAGCAAUAGCCAUUGUCGCUGCCCUCAGCGUAGCAGUCUGUCUCAGCAAUUGCAAUAAGAACGAAGCAUGUCCCGAGCGCCUCGGACUAGACAUGACAGGGUCUGGUUUGAUUAUUCACAAUCUAAGGUUCCUUCUCACGAGUAGACCUACGGCGGUCAAUCUUGGGGAUGCUGUGAAAAAGCUAGAGAAAGUUGUUUCUUCGGCCCAGGUCACAGCUGGCGCGACUGACUUCAAUAUUAAUGAGGCGUACAUACAAGCAGCAGAGCAGAUGCUCGUUGAUGAUGUGCAAGACAAUGAGGACAUAGGGCGUUUCGGUGCUGAUUGGAUUCUACGAAAUUCCAAUUUGAUUCCACCAGUUGGGAAGAUAUCCGUCAUUACACACUGCAAUACUGGUUCUCUGGCAACUGCAGGCUACGGUACCGCUCUGGGUAUCGUACGAAGCCUUCAUGCUCGUAGUUUCCUCAAACGAGUCUAUUACACAGAAACAAGACCGUACAACCAGGGAUCUCGCCUCACAGGGUACGAGCUUCUUCAUGACAAAAUACCAGCAACCCUCAUCACAGACUCAAUGGUUGGAGCACUCCUCGGUCUUAAAAGGGAUUCAGAGAACAUCUCUUGCAUAAUCGUUGGAGCAGACAGGGUGGCUGCAAAUGGGGACACCGCAAACAAAAUUGGCACGUACGGUUUGGCGAAUCUGGCAAGUUUCCACAACGUCAAAUUCAUAGUGGCAGCGCCACGGACCACCAUCGAUUUAAGCACGGCUUCUGGCGCAGAUAUUACGAUUGAAGAACGCCCGCCCACCGAGGUAACGACGAUGAAAGGCCGUCCUAUCAAGCGAUUAAAGGACGGAAGCUUAAAAGUUGAAGGCGAUAUUCAAGAAAUCGCUAUUGCAGCGGACCUUACCGGCGCUUGGAAUCCGGCAUUCGAUGUGACCUGCCAUAGUCUGAUUGAUUGCAUCGUAACCGAGAAAGGGGUUGUCGAGAGGAGAGAAGACGGAGAUUUCCAUCUCGACGAGAUCUUCCAAAUAUGA